UGAUAACUUAUCUAAAAUACCUACAUCAGACAGCAACUUAUACUAAACAAUAUUUUAUCAAUGUACUUGCUAUUUAUUAGUCUGAUAUUCAUUUCAUUCACGACACGACUGUUGUUAAGUUAGUUGAGAAAUCAUAAAGAUGUCCCAACUUGUAUUUGUUGGAGUAAUAACAUCAGCUAGGUCUUUAAAAGAUCUGAAUUCUUUUACUGGAUAUUUAAGUGUUGAAAAUGGUGUGAUAACCAGUAUAGGCACGAAAGAGGAAUUUGAUAAUCAAAAAUAUAAAUUUAAAGAUUUUAAACUUAUACAGCUGAAAUCAAACCAGUUUUUGAUGCCUGGCCUUAUAGAUUGUCAUACACAUGCUCCUCAAUUCCCAAAUAUUGGUCUGGGGUUAGAUAGACCACUACUAGAAUGGUUGGACAAAUAUACAUUUCCGCUAGAAUCUCAAUAUAGUAAUAUUGAUUUUGCUUCUAAGGUUUAUGACACAGUUGUUCAACGCUUGUUAAAAAAUGGAACCACAACAGCUUGCUAUUUUGGGUCUUUACACAAGGAAGGUUGUUUGGAAUUAGUGAAAAGUGCCAUUAAAUAUAAACAAAGAGCUGUAGUUGGCAAAGUAAGCAUGAAUAUAAAAAACAGUACUGGUUAUUAUAAUGAUACACAAACAGAACUGAAGCAAACAGAGGAAUAUGUUCAAAGUGUUUUGGAAUUUAAGAGUGAAUUAGUACAUCCAAUAGUAACACCACGAUUUGCUGUGAGCUGUGAUCAUGAAUUAAUGUGUGGCUUAUCAAAGAUUGCACAAAAAUAUAAUUGUAGAAUACAGAGCCAUGUAUCAGAAAAUACGAAAGAAAUAGAGCAUGUAUUAAAAACUUUCUCGGAAUGUGCAACAUAUUCACAUGUUUAUGAUCAAUGCGGCAUUCUUACGAAAAAGUGUAUAAUGGCACAUGCAGUAUACUUAAGUAAGAAAGAGAUGGAACUAUUUGCUAGUAAGGGUGUCUCUGUCGCACACUGUCCUGCUUCUAACACUAGACUCAGAUCCGGACUCUGCCCAGUUAGAAAGCUUAUUGAUAAUGGCAUCACUGUGGGACUUGGGACAGAUGUGGCCGGCGGUGACAGUGCAACAAUUUUAGAUGCAAUGCGACGAGCAAUGGAUGUAUCGACACAUCUUGAAAUACUUGGGAAUGAGGAAGCUAUCAAUUGGAAAGAAGCAUUCUACCUCGCUACUUUGGGAGGCGCUAAAGCUUUAAAUCUCGACGAAAAAAUUGGCAAUUUCGAAAUUGGCAAGGAGUUUGACGCGCUUGUCAUCGAUGCCUAUUCGAAAGAUGGUCCAACUGACGAUUACGCCUACCCAGUACCUGCUGAUGAUGAAGAGCAUAUUUUAAACAUUCUUCAAAGGUUUUUGUACGUAGGGGACGAUAGGAAUAUUAUUCAGGUAUAUGUUAAGGGAGUGAUAGUUAAGGAUAAUCUGUGAUUCUAUUUUAAUAAA